AUGGCCGACGUCCUGAAAGGAUCCAGCAAGCGGCUGACGCCGUGGCAGCUCUUCAAGGAGGUGUUCAACUGGUACCCGGCGGAGUACCCGGCGGCGGAGCGCAAGCUGUUGUUUAAGCUCGACCUCUCCAUUCUCGUGUUUGCUUGUCUUUGCUUCUUUGUCAAAUACCUGGACCAGACCAACAUUAGCAAUGCCUACGUCAGCGGCCUCCAGGAAGACUUUGGCCUCUACGGCAACCAGCUCAACUACUUGAAUGUCACCUACUACACGGCCUACGUCGUCUUCCAGGUGCCGGGCCUCCUGCUCAUGUCCCGGCCGCGGCUGGCCCGCUGGCUGCUGCCGACGCUCGAAGUGCUGUGGGGCAUCGCGACGUUUGCGACCAGCCGGACCACCAACGUCCAGCAGCUGUAUGCCAUUCGCUUCUUGAUUGGCAUGCUCGAGGCGCCCGUGUUUGCGGGGACGCACUUUAUUCUUGGCUCCUGGUAUGGCGGCCACGAACUCUUCAAGCGCGCCGGCACGUGGUUCAUCUGCAACGCCCUCGGGUCCAUGGUCAGCGGCUACCUCCAGGCGGCCGCCUACACCAACCUGUCGGGCGUCGGCGGCAUGGCCGGCUGGCGCUGGCUCUUUAUCAUCGACGGCGUCUUCACGCUCCCCGUCGCCCUGCUGGGCUACGUCGUCUUUCCCGGCGUUCCCGACUCGCCCAGGCCGUUCCACCUCACGGACGCCGACAUUGUCCUGGCCAAGCAGCGCCUCACGCGCUUCAAGGUGCGGCGGCCGGGUCCGCUGGGCCUGGACGUGUUUAAGCGGUCGCUGCAGCGGUGGCACAUUUGGGUGUUUGUGUUUUGCUACAUGUACGUUGGUCCUCGCUCUUUUUUUGUCCUCGCUUCGCUCGCUACCCUCUUUCUGUCCUCGCUUCCCUCUUUCUGCCCUCGCUUCGCUCGAUUCCUUUUCCCGCUUCGCUCGCUCGUCGCUAACACCUCCAGCUGCAUGAUCUGCUCGUCGUACCCCAUCUCCUACAUGAACCUCUGGCUCAAGGCCGAGGGCUACUCCGUCGUCCAGGUCAACCGCCUGCCGACCGUCACGUACGCCAUCAACAUUGUCGCGUCCUGGCUCGGCACCACGCUGGCCGCCAUCUACCCGUCCUGGAUCCUGUAUACGAUCGUCGAGACCUGCUGCGUGUUUUCGACCAUCUGCAUGAUUGUCUGGGACAUCCCGACGGGCCUCAAGUUCUUUGCCUGGUACCUGUUUGGCGUCGCCGGCUGCGCCAGCCCCAUCCUCUACUCGGCCGUCAACACGAUUGUGCGCGACGACUCGGAGGAGCGCGCGCUGAUUCUCGGGUCGAUGAUGACGGUGGGCUACUCGUUCAACAUCUGGGUGCCGCUGCUGGUGUUCCCGACGGCCGGGCCCUACGGCGCGCCGCGGUGGCGCAAGGGCUGGCCGUUUAUCCUGGUGUUUUUCGUGCUGCUGUGGGCCGGGUUCGUGACGUCGAUUGUGCUGCACCGGCGGGACCAGACGCGCAAGGCGGUGCAUGCGGGGAGGGGGCCCCCGGUUGACGGGACGGACAGCGAGGGGGAGGAGCGGGUGUCGGAGGCGCUGUCGUCGUCGGACGAUGUGGUCGUCGUCAACACCACGGUGGAGACAAAGGCAUAG